AACUAUUUGAUUUUCUUGUUGCUCUUCUUCGUUUUGUUUUUCCACUUGGGGCACCAAUGUACACGUAACGUAGAUGGAGAGACACGACGGAGAGUGAAAGAAGAGAGAGCGUGUGCAGCUAUUAUUAACCGCGACGUCGACGUCCAUCUCGGAGAGACGCCCUCUUUUUUUUCAUCAUUCUCUUUCGUGAUUCAACCCCGAACUGAAUUACGUCCAUCAAGAGAACAUACUGCCUUCAUUUUGGGCCGUCCAUUCGGUUGUGAAAGACCAUGUCAACAUCCGGAUCAAUGGACGAUUUGGCCGCCAUUGUAAUUCGUCUAUCCAAGGAACUGGAGUUGAUGGGUUUGCCCGGUUUGGCCAGCCAGCAGCAGGUAGAUUAUAACGAUGGCGCCAUCGCUGUGGACGUGAUCAGCGAUCUGAUAAGCGCAUCUUAUGACCUCAUCGGCCUACUUCGCGAUCUUCAACGUUCCAAACGCCAAAGGGAAGAUCACGCACAGCAGCUACUCCACGACUUGCAACGCUCUCAGUGGUUACUGGACAAGGAGAAGGAGCUGAGCGUUCAACGGGAGCGUGAAGCAGCCGAAGCGUACGAGAAAGAGCGCCAAGCUAAUGUCCGGCUUCAAUCGAGCGAAACACUUUUGAAAAAGAAGAGCGAAGAACAUCGUCAGUUGGCUCAUGAAUGCCAACUCAAGGAGAAUCAGUGGCUGCACGCACUUCGUCGUCGUGACCAGGAAAACCAUAGAUUACAACAACAAUUGCUGAAAUUCUUGCAUAGUAAAUCAAGCGCUGGUAGCGUCGGUGGGGGAAUCAUGCCUCUGCAAGUCGAAAUCCGUGGAUCGCUAGCUGCGCGUGCCUCAUCCUCCGAUUCGACAAGGUUGCGUAAGCAAUGGGACCGAACAGCCGACGAAACUCGAAAGCACGCCGAAGUCAAGUGGAAGACGGCGUUAAACUCUUUGGAAAAGGAUCAUCAACUCUUACGAGUUGAUUACCUCCAAUUGGUCGACACGCUCGGCCGGUUUCUGACAAAUUGCGCCGACAAAUUAGGUGCCCGUCGCCCGGCAAACAAUAUCUUUUUCAACGUCAUGGAAUGGAUCCAUCUUCCAGUCAGUUGCAUGAGAGAUCGGUUGGAGGAAGCUCUUCAGCUCGUAGAAUGCGCCCUCGUUAUUACUCCAACAAUUUCACAAACCGGACAGAGUUUCGAUCGGACGGAGCUACGUGAUGGAAUUGAAAUCAAUCAAAUGACCAAACAAUCGGAACACGCAGCCUCCGGAGAAAAUCGUCGAACUGCCAUUCAUAACGGGAUAGGUCCUCUAGCGAAAGACGAUGUUAUUAUCAGCAAGUCACGUACCGUUUCGACAUUGUCCUCGACACAAGAAAACGAGUUGCAAAUGGUGAAAUGCGUCCGUUCGGAACCCAUUUUAGCGGUCCGGUUUGACAGCCCUGCGUUUCGAAAGCCGUCGAAGGGUAGCACCAAACCGCCAGUAGCUAUUAAUCAAGUCGAUUGGAACCAACUGAAGAUGGAUAACCCACCAUUGAGUUCCCUUUCCAGCCGUCAGGAUACGGUUCUACUCCGACAGCCAACGAUUGGAACGGAGGCUCCAUUUCUUGUUGGAUCCUGCGAAACAGUAAGAGACGACAGGGUCGACAUCCAUGAUGAAAUGGCCACUUUGGACACACCUUGUCCGAGUGCCAGCAACAGCCCGAGCCGUUCCAGCACUUCAAGCGACAGCAGUUGGAAAUCCCAACGAUCGGAGAUCGAUGCAACCUCUGAAAUCGAUGAACAAUUUUAUCGAACGUGCGACGGCGCCGCCACUCUGGUCAGAACAGGUCGUAGACCUUCGAAUGACCCACCGGAGUGUGCCCGAAAAUCUGGCACGACGGUCAACUUGAAUAGUGGCUACGGCGGUACUAUAACGGCAAAAGUCAGUGUUGUCCAGCAACGACAAGCGAGUCGUCCCGUUGCUCCGGCAACGAGCACCUACUCAGCAAAUCCGUCGUGACCUUCUAACUUGUUCGCGCAUAACAACCUUCCCCAUCUACGUGAUAUAGGUCCUCCGCUCAUUAGCAUGACCACCCACGAGUGGAUGCACAUUAACAAAAUACAAAAAAAUGAUGGAUUACUUAUGAAAUGAAACCUGCCUUGCCGACAAGCAAAAUUUAUAUGACUAGUUAAUUCAGAUAAUACAUGCUAUUUUGAUGUUUCGGUUCA